UCGCAUCGGUUCCCCGGCUGUGGCAUCACCGCGCGGGGAGGGGCUCCGCUCCCUACUGUAAUACCGACCGCUUUACGGUGGGACGGAAGCCACGGAGCGGAGGGAGGAUGCCCGUUAUUUCCGUUCUUUUCUUCAUUUGACUCAAUUUCAGCGAACUUCCAGCUUCUGUUUCAUGCCUCAGCCUCCCUUUAAAGCCCCAGAACCCUGCUGCGUUUCACCCGAACCGAGAUGCGUCCUGAUACGCACGGAGACAUUGUCCGGACCCCGCGGGGGGAGGAGAAGGAGGAGGAGGAGAGGAGCAUGUAACCGGGAGAAACGCACCGGCGGCGGCGGCACCACCUGUCACCGCCUCUUCUGUCGUUAUCCUGCUCUGAUUUAGCCCUUCCUGAUGUGUUGACGGAGUUUGUAUUUUGUCGCAGUUUUGGAUCUUAUCUUCGGCAAAAUGAGCGAAGAAGCGUCCCAGGUUCCCAAAGAGCUGCUGGAGAGUGUGAGGGAUGCGGUGGGGAGGAAGGUGAAGUUGUCACUGAGGAAAAGAGUCAAACUGGAGAUCAAAGGAGACAAGAUGGAGAACAGAGUCCUGGCUCUGGCGGCUCACCGUGCCUACCUCCUAACAGCACGCAUUCCCGCCAAGGUGGAACACAACUUUAAUUAUCUGGAGAUCCAGGGAAUUGUGUGCAACAAGCCAACACAGCUGUUUGUAGAGUACGAGCGCGGCUCUUUUUCUGUGAAGCUGCCCUCCACCGAGGAGGUGAACGAGGUGGUCGCUCACAUAGGGAACUGUCUCCUGAGGAUAUGUCCUGGUCUACCCCCCAGUAAAGUGAUGAAGAAGCUCUCCGUGGAGCCUCUGGACAGGCUGACCGCUCUGCAGACUCUGUGGGAGAACAACAAGCCUGCAGAACCUGGACCCUGUGGUGGGUUUUCUCAGAUGUACAGGUGUGUGUGUGACUGGUUGGGCCUGCCUUACAGAGAGGAAGUGCAGUGGGAUGUUGACACCAUCUACUUGACACAAGACACCAGAGAGCUCAACCUGCAGGACUUCAGUCAUCUAGAGAACAGGGAUCUGGUCGCUAUUAUAGCCGUGCUGGAGUUCAACCAGUGGUUCACCAGGCUCUCCACCAAGGAUUACAAACUGUCUGCAGAUGUGUGUGAGCAGAUACUCCGGGUGGUGUCUCGAUCCAGUCGGCUGGAAGAGUUGGUUCUAGACAACGCGGGACUCAAAACGGACUUUGCCCAGAAGCUGGCUGCCGCUCUGGCCCACAACCCCAGCUCUGGACUCACCACCAUAAACCUCUCUAACAACCCUCUGGAGGACAGAGGUGUUUCCUCUCUGGGCGCCCAGUUUGCCAAACUUCGAAUGGGACUGAAGCAUUUAAACUUUUCCAAAACCUCUCUGUCACCCAAAGGGGUGAAUAGCCUUUGCCAGUCACUGAGUGCCAACCCAUCCAUCCCCAGCAGCCUGGUCCAUCUGGACCUCUCAGGGAACAUGCUCCGAGGAGACGACAUGCAGCAUUUCUACAACUUCCUGGGUCAACCCAACAGUCUGUCAACUCUUGACCUCUCCAGCACAGACUGCUCCUUGGAUCAGGUUUGCUCAGCUCUUCUGCGAGGCUCGGCCCGACACCUCUCUGUCCUCAACGUGUCAAAGAGCGUUUUCUCUCACAGGAAAGGCAAAGAGGUGCCUCCGUCUUUUAAGCAUUUCUUCAGCAGCGCCGAGUCUCUCAGCUCCAUCAACGUGUCUGGAACCAAGCUGCCUGCAGAGGCCCUCAAGGCGCUCCUCCUCGGCCUGGCUAGUAACCCCAGCCUGAAGGAAGUUUCUCUCGACCUCAGCUGCUGUGAGCUUGGCCAUUGUCUGAGGUCUGGAGGUUCUCAGAUCCUGGAGAGUUGUAUAGCUGAGAUCCCGAACAUCUCCAGUCUGGAUCUGUCUGAUAACGGCCUGGACUCUGAGCUGUCCACGCUGCUCGUUUGGCUGGCCAAGAACCGCUCCAUCAGACACUUGUCUCUGGGCAAGAACUUCACCAACAUCAAGUCAAAAAACCUCGCUCCCGUGUUGGACGGCCUGGUUCACAUGAUUCAAGAGGAGGAGUCGCCCCUCACCUCCCUGUCUUUGGCGGACUCCAGACUCAAAAGCGAUCUCUCCAUUGUUCUGAACGCCCUCGGCAGCAACUCCUCACUCACCAGGCUUGACAUCAGCGGGAACUCCAUGGGCGACAUGGGGGCUAAGAUGCUAGCAAAGGCACUGCAAAUCAACUCCAAACUCAGGACUAUAAUCUGGGAUAAGAACAACACCAGCCCUCAGGGUCUUCAGGAUGUAGCUGCUGCUCUGGAAAAGAACUUCACCAUUCGCUUUAUGCCCAUCCCCAUCAUCGAUGCCUCCCAGGCUCUGAAGGCAAGCCCAGAGAAAACGGAAGACGCUCUGCUGAAGAUUGAGAAUUAUUUGUACAGGAAUCAUGAAACUAGAAAAUACCUCCAGGAGCAGGCUUAUCGGCUCCAGCAAGGCAUCGUGACCACCACCACGCAGCAGGUGAUAGAUCGGAUUUGCGUGAAGGUCCAGGACCACCUGAACUCUCUGAAGAACUCAGAGACGGAUGCCGUCUUGGAGGACGUCAGAUCAGCGGAGAAUCUCAUUAAAGAUGCCAGGAACUCAAAAACGCUUCUCCCAAACCUUUACCACCUUGGAGCAGCAUCCAGAGAGGAGCUGAACAGCUCAUCAGUGGGUCCCAUCCAGGAGAAACUGGAGUCCAUGGCUGGAGAGGUGACCACGGUCAUGGAUCAGCAGCUGCAGACUCUGUUGGAGUCGAUGGUGGACACAGCAGAGUCUCUGUGUCCUCAUGUGAUGAAGAGGAGUAACCUUCGUCCAGAGCUGAUGAAGGCGAGCUCAGCCCGGAUGGUGGUACCGAAGAGCUUUGUCACGAACACCCUCCUGGAGCAGUCUGGGGUGGAUAUCAUCAACAAGAUCAGUGAGGUGAAGCUGAGUCUGGCGUCCUUUCUGUCUGAUCGCAUCGUUGAUGAGAUCCUGGAGGCUCUUUCUUCAUCGCAGCACAUCCUGGCGGACCAUCUGGUGCGACGAGGUCGCCCGCUGUUGCAGCGGGAAUCGGUGGAUCUGGAUGCACCGGAGGAGAAGAUACCCAAACGCGCUUCGACCGAGCUCCUGGAGGCAGAGAGGCUUGAGGAUCUGGAAACGUGUUUGACUCUGUGCUGCACCAGCAUGACUCCUAAAUCCAAAAGGAAAAGCAUACACAGCCGAAUGCUGCGGCCUGUGUCUCGUGCCUUUGAGAUGGAGUUUGACCUGGACAAGGCCCUUGAGGACGUACCAAUCCACGUAGAGGACACACUCGUGUCAUCCCAGACUCCACCCACUCAAUCCGUAUUUUCCCCCAAACAAGAUCAACGACCAUCAGGAGGGAUUGCAGAGCUGCCAUCAGAGGAGGAGAAGAAACUGCAGCAUUUCACCAAACUACGACCUCGGAGGAACAAAAAAACACACUCCAGUAAAGUAGCUCAACUCAACAGUGCUCAGUGUCAUGAUGGGGAACAAAAUGGUCUGAUGGGAAGGGUGGAUGAAGGAGUGGACGAGUUCUUCUCUAAAAAAGUUACUAAAAUGGAUUCCAAACGUUUCUUGAAAGGUUCAGAUUCUCAGGAUGGAGAGAAGAAAAAGAGUAAAGGCGGAUUUCUAAACCUCAUUAAGCGAUCGUCUAAAGCAGAUAAAUUAGAUAAAUCUGAGAAAAACCAGGCAGCUUCAGCAUCCUGUGCUACAUCCUCUGUAGCCUUGCCCUCAGGAUUCACCAUCCCCGAGGAGCCCUGUUCUCCAAAGGGGGCAGUUAAGAGCCCAGCUCCGGAACCAAAGUCCAGAGAUGCUUCCACUCGCUCACAGCACACAGACUACAGCAGCAGCUCCGACCGCUCCGAGGAACUCAGGACUCCCGACUCUAUAGACGAACCAUGGGAUGGUUCAGACGGCAAGGGGAGUCCUCAGGGAGGAAAACGGUACCCUGGGAUGCAGAUGAUGGGAAGUGGCCUGCUGGCAGAGAUGAAGGCCAAACAGGAGAGAAGAGCUUACAAGUCUUCCAGCCCUGACAGACCUGACAGCAAUGCAGCCAAGUCCCAUUCUACGACCACAGGGAGCAGGUCUCCCACGGGUUCCAUUAACAAAGCUGACACAGCUCCUCCAGAAAAGACCACAACACGUGGAGAAACCAAGCCUGAGACAGCCACUCGCCUCAGGGCUACGUCCUCCUCCAGUUCCCCAGCAGGACCAGCAACCCCCAAACCACCAGUACCACAAGGAGCAAAGCCUUCUCUGGCAGCUCGACCCUCCAUCCCACAGAAACCGAGGACCAGCAGAAGCAUAGAUGAGGGUUCAGACGCUUCCAGCGGUGGUCGGGUGUCUCCUAAAGUUCUCCCCUCCACACUGAAGAAGGCUGUCUCAGAGAAAGACAAGGACGCCAGUCCUCUAUCGGGAGUUUCCACCAAUAAAACCACUCAGGAAGUGAGGUCGACCUCAGAUGCUGUUCGGCGAUCCAGCACCAACUCUGAGGAUCAAAACUCCCUCAAAACCAAGGACAAAUGUCCAAACUCAGACAGGACAACACGCAAGAAGUCAUCAGACUCAGGGGAAGAGGCAGACAAAGACUUUAUUUUGAUAUGAAACCUCCCAUUCCUCUUUAGAAAGCAGCUAAAGGGGAAAUUAUGGUUUCAUUUCUAUCAGCGUCUGAACCUGCAGGUCACGUUUCACCACACAAGAAGAAAUUACACUUUAAUCAUUUGUUUUGAUUUGAUUCUGUGAUCGUUUUAACAAGUAUUGAGCCAAACCAAAACUAAUACUGUGCUAAAUCUCAUGAGAGCUUCCUCCUCCAUCAUUUAUCAGCCUUGUUCCUGCUCUCCUCUUCAGGAAAACACAGCCAUCAGGCGAGCAGGAAGGUUUGAGGAAACACCAGACGGACUGUGAACACAAGUGUAGAUGACCUAAUAAUCUGUGUUUUAGUUUGACCUCCUGCAGCCAUAGCCCGACACUCCAGGACCAAACCAGAGUACUUGAAGUUAAACAGGAACCAGUCAGAUUCUGCCAGGUGGGCGUGUGUCGGUUUACUCCUCCAGACUCCUGGUGACCCAACUCAUUAUGCAAAGUUUUUUUUUUUUUGCAGGAUUUUUCAGUGAGACCCUCAUUUCAGACUCCGAUCAGAGUUUUUUUUCGUAGUUUUCCUGUCUGAUGAACUCAGUUCAGCACUGAGUGCAAGGUGGAGUGUCCUAAUGACGUGUUUUUGUUUGAGAGGACUGACGUACGCCUGAUAAUCAAUAAGGCUUCGGCACUGUUAACAAACUCCUUGUGUUAAAUGCUUGUUUGUUUGUUUGUUUUUUGUCGGGUUUCAUUUAGAAAGGGAGUGUAGAAAAGUUAUUGUAAAGCAAUAUAUAGUUGAAAUGUUAUUUAUUUUGGAGCAUAUCUUUUGGUUGAAUGGAGAUUUAUUUAUUUUUUGAAAAUGAUGAGUGUCUAAUUUAUCCAGGAAGUUGAUGUUUAGAUGGUGUGCUGUCCGUCCAAUGACAGCAGGACACUGAAGGCACUCCAGCCUUGACACACUCCUCUUCCUCAGUUUAUUUAUUCUGUUUAGAUCCCGUUUCAUUUUCUCGGAGAAUACCGCACUUCUUUAACGUUCUGCUAGUCUUCAAACUUAUUAGGUAGCGAUGAAACUGAAGGUAGCUUUACUUCACAUCAACGUGGCCCUCAGGGUGAUUCCUCUAUUUUUUUUGUCUUUAUUUAUUUUAAAAAAUAAACAGAUGCCUGCUUCACACUGAUGUAUAAACUGCAACCAGAUCCUGAAAAUUGUGUGGAAAAACAACAAAUCGGAUGUGUCUGUUAGGAGCUUAUCAACUGAUUUGUUUCUCUAAAUGAUCAAAUAACACAAACUUAUUUAGUUUAGGACUAAAAUGCAACUUUUCUACUCUGUUACUGCUGCAUUCGUGUCCUAAUUUAGUUAAACCGACAAUGAAAAACUAUUAAAUCAAAAGUAAACAUCCCGAUAAAUUAAAGUGUUUAAAUUAAAACAUAAAUUGGUCACGUCAUACAACUUAUUAUGAACAGAUCUAAACAUUUUACUACUUUAGUGCCAAACUUUGCUCCAACAUUACGACCAAUUGGGAUGCAGCGUAUUUUCUACUGUAAAAACAAAAGUCUAACCCCAGUCAGGGUCAAAAGUGGUACUGGUGCAGCUUUCCUAGGCUGUGUUGUCUGUUGAUGUAUUUUCUAUGAAUUAAUGGUUAGAGUUUGCCUUCUUGUCACUAACCAUGUUUUACAAACACUAUUGUUUUUGUAUAUAGUCAGCCUGCCUCCAUCAUGGACUACUGCUGCAUCACGUUUUUUCUGUUAGUUCAGGAAACUACAAAUUAUUUUUAAAAGUGUUCUUCUAGCUUGCAUGUUGUUAAAAUCAAAUAUCGCGUGUUUGUUCUGUUUCGGCCCCUUCCUGGUGGACACACACUGCUGUUUUCUGCCACCAGAGGAGGGAAUUUAAAAAGCAUCAUGUGAGAGACUGGUUAUAACUUUUAAUUAAUCACCCGAUCAUCUGUUUGAGCUCAUUAUAGAAACAUGAAAAUGUCCCGUAGCAUUAAAUCCAGACCUGUUUGAGGACGUGACUGUGAGCUGAGCUGUUUGUAUAUAUGUGCUCUCAUACACGUAGGCGUGUGUGUGUUUAUGUGCGUGUAACAUAAGUGCACGUAACAUACGCACUGUGACAAACUCAUGUGAGCCUAUGGGAGUGCAGCAGGCCCUCUGUUGUUUGGGUCCUAAGUGAACUACUACGCUAGGAGUCGGCUUGUUUGAAACUAACAUCAGAUGAUGCUGUUUGUUGGUUUCCAUCUCAUCUGUACAUUGUGUCCAGAAAUGUACAAAUAAAUUAAUAUUGGUUUGUUA